GGGUCUGUUUCCCCUUUCCCCCUCCACAUCGCCCGCCCCUGGCCACCUUGUGAGCAUCACCUGCAUUCACGUCGCCGUCGCCGUGGAGAUUUUUGACCUCCCGUCAAGGCGUUGGGGCCGCUGCGGGCUCCUUCAUGCCUCUUAGCGCAUCGCCACGCCUCGGACACUGGCAUAUCGCGCUUCUUGUAAGGUUCCUCGACGGCUUCUCAGCAGAGUCGCAUCUUCUUUGACGUCGUCUUCCAACCCGACAAGAAGCCGCGUAACGAGCGCUCGAUGCAUGGCGUUGUGUGUAAGAGGGGAGCCUUCCCGGCGUGAUCAACGCAGGUCUCUCAUGUCGAGGUGUGGGCUAGUACAUCCGGAGCUAUGCAGCUGUUCUCGCCCGAACUUCUUGUUCCUGGAAGAUCGUCAGAAUGGCAUUUUCAUUUUCAUAU